AUGGAGAGCUUCGACGACGUAUCCCAACUAGCGGACGCCGCGGAUGAGAGAAGCACAGCGUCUGUUGGGCGCUCCUCAAGGACUGCCUCGCUCGGCGACACCGGGUCGCUACAGUCAGCCCCAGAAACGAUUAACGCGCUACCCGGAACGUCGUUCGCUUCUUCGUCGAGCAACAAAACCACCGAGAGCCAGGCCGACACGACCCCCGACGGCCACCACGACGAGGAGGGCCCAUUACGAUCGCCAUUCUCCCCGAUUACCUAUAACCCUCUGGCCGCCCCUCCCUCAGUCAGUGAAGACUUUAGCGAAGAAGAUGAGGAGCCACAGAUUGCAACAUCGUUCGAGCGGGAGCCUCAACCGACCUCCACACGGAAGCAGCGGCAGGUGUAUCUGGAUACUGGAGGUGAAGAUGGGAUAAACCGCAUGCACAAGUUCUCGCUAUAUGAGACGGCUACUUGGUUCUACAUGGUUGGAAUGGAUUUGUCAGAUACAAGAUUCCGAAUUCUGAAGAUCGACCGGACCUCCGAAACCGAUGAUUUGAACAUUAUAGAGGAUGACAUCGUGUACACAAAGAGGGAGAUGAGCCAGUUGCUGGAUGCUAUCGAUGAUGGAAAUAAGAGUUCUGGUGGUUUGAAGCUCAAAUGUAGUGCGUGGGCGCUACUUGGGUUUAUCCGGUUCACUGGAGCAUUCUACAUGCUUCUCGUGACGAAACGCAGCCAGGUAGCUAUGCUUGGGGGUCAUUACGUCUACAAGAUCGACGGAACAGAACUUAUAUCGCUCACAACACCUUCAAGUUCGUCUCGAUUCAAGCCUGAGAAGAAUCCCGAGGAAGCACGGUAUAUAGCGAUUCUAAACAACCUCGACCUCACGCGCGCUUUCUACUUUAGCUACUCCUACGACGUCACGCGUACACUGCAGCACAACAUCAACCGAGACCGCAAGCUUCAUCAGGACGGUCUUCCAAGGGAGCUCUUACAAGACUACAACACUAUGUUUAUAUGGAACCAUCAUCUUCUCGCCCCCGCCAUUAUGACUCUCCGAAACCCAUAUCAAUGGUGUUUGCCCAUCAUCCAUGGGUACGUGAAUCAAGCUAAGAUGGCUGUGUAUGAUCGCUUUGUUUAUAUAACGAUAAUCGCCCGACGAUCUCGCUUCUUCGCCGGCGCGCGCUUCCUCAAGCGAGGCGCGAAUGAUCUGGGUUACGUCGCGAAUGAUGUCGAAACUGAACAAAUUGUUGCUGAAAUGACCACGACCUCGUUCCAUUCCGCUGGUCCGGAUCUUUACUCUAACCCCUUGUACACCUCUUAUGUGCAACACCGCGGAAGUAUCCCGCUUUAUUGGACACAGGAAAACUCUGGAGUCAGUCCCAAGCCGGAUAUCGAACUUAACUUGGUCGAUCCGUUCUACUCUGCUGCUGCCCUACACUUCGAUAACUUGUUUGAGAGAUAUGGCGCGCCAAUCUAUAUCCUGAACCUCAUCAAAUCAAGGGAACGGACUCCGCGAGAGUCGAAGCUCCUCAAAGAAUACACAAAUGCGAUCCAGUAUCUCAAUCAGUUCUUGCCCGAAGACAAGAAACUCAUAUACAAGCCAUGGGACAUGAGUAGGGCAGCGAAGAGUCGAGAUCAAGAUGUGAUUGGAAUCUUGGAAGAUAUCGCAGGCGAAAUCAUUCCCAAGACUGGGUUCUUCAAGAAUGCUCACGAUGUGGAGUCUGGAUUACGGGUGCAGAAUGGAAUUGCGAGAACUAACUGCAUUGAUUGUCUCGACCGUACGAAUGCUGCGCAGUUUGUGAUUGGAAAGCGGGCACUGGGCUACCAGCUCCAUGCGUUGGGCAUUAUCGAGGGAACAACAGUAGAGUAUGACACUGAUAUCAUCAACAUGUUCACAGAAAUGUGGCAUGACCAUGGUGACAACAUUGCGAUCCAAUAUGGCGGCUCUCAUCUUGUCAAUACUAUGGCAACCUACCGCAAGAUCAACCAGUGGAGCAGUCACUCACGCGAUAUGGUGGAAAGCUUCAAAAGAUACUACAACAACUCAUUCCUGGAUGCACAACGCCAAGAAGCCUACAACCUGUUCCUAGGUAACUACAUCUUCUCCCAGGGCCAACCGAUGCUCUGGGAUCUCUCCACCGACUACUACCUCCACCACGCCGACCCUCGAUUCUGGGCUAACAAGAUCAAACCCAACUACAUUCAAUGGUACACGCCAGAAAACCUGAAGGAUAGAGAACUCCCUGUCCCUCCCACAGCCCCCAAAGAAUCCCUCUCCCGCUACGACGACUACUGGUUCGAGUACUACCGCCCACUAGCCGUCUCAACUCUGAAAAACAUGUUCCCCUACAAAAUGAACAGCACCAUGCAUUAUCGGCCACUCCACCAGGGCAAUCUCGACCUUAGCCCCUUUGUUCCCCGUAUCUCCGCCACUCAUGAGCCCAUCCCCCGCGACCAACGCCCGCAACGCAGCGUCAAGAUUAAAGAGCCAGACCCCGCCCGUCCAACCGCAACCCCGGAACCGCACCAGCCAUAUACAUUUGAGAAGAGACCGGGGAUCAUGAAGCCAACCACACUACUCUCCCUGGGUAGCACCCUCCGCUCCACAAACUCCAGCCACCCAUCCAUGGACUCCUCAACCACUGCAUUGACACCAAAUAAAGCACAGAUCGCCCAGCUCACUCUCGGCCACCUCGUUUCCGACUCGCUCAACCCCUCCGUCACAGCAACGGAAGCGGAGGAGUACGAGCGCUACAUCAACCAUCCGCUUAAGGUCCCUCUCGUCGUCACGUCCGAGGACGAGCUCGCGGCAGCGGCCUCGAUUCGCGAAAAUGAAAGUAACCACGACCUUCUCGAGUACGUGAACAAGUGCAACGUCGAGGAGUAUACGCUCGGUGCGAACGCGGAGGAGAAUAUGGCGGAUUAUGCGGAGUUUCUGAAUGUUUCUGAGGAGGGGCUCACGGUUGUCGCGGAGGAUUAUGAGAAGAAGAGGUAUAAGCGGUAUCGGCAGUGGUUGAGAGGGAAGAGUCUAUUCAAGCAGAGGGUUGAUAUGUAG